UUGCGUACUACGUGACCAAAAAAAAGACAUUCAUUGUUUGUAACGAUUUAAAUCAGUGUAUUUAUCACACAUGUUUGUGAUUGUUUCAACUAUUUCAAGUUAAAUAAUUAAAUUGAAAUGUACGAUUUCAAUGUACUUAUUUAACGUACAAAUUAACGGAAGUAUUUGAUAUAAAAUGCGUUUAUAUUUUAUCUGCACAAUUAUUUCUUUAUAUUGUUUUCUAUCUGUAAAUUCGUGGCAUUUAAAAAAUAAACAAAUAUCUCCCGUUAUAUUUGUUCCAGGCGAUGGUGGCAGCCAAGUUGAAGCAAAACUCAAUAAAACAUCUGUGGUACAUUAUUUAUGUGAGAAGGUUUCCACUGAAUACUUUAAUAUCUGGUUAAAUUUAGAAUUACUCGUGCCAGUUAUCAUAGAUUGUUGGAUUGAUAAUAUGAAAUUAAUUUAUGACAAUAUUACAAGAACAACAAGAAAUCAAAAUGGCGUUGACAUACGUAUACCAGGUUGGGGCGAUCCAUUUGUUGUUGAGUAUUUAGAUCCAAGCAAAGCAUCUCCUGGAUCUUACUUUAAAGAUAUUGGAAAUAUGCUAGUCAAUGAACUUGGAUAUAUUAGAAAUCAUUCAAUACGUGGUGCACCAUAUGAUUUUAGAAAAGCACCUAAUGAAAAUGAAAUAUUCUUUAAUAAACUGAAAGAUUUAAUUGAAGAAACAUAUGAUAACAAUAAUCAGACACCUGUAACAUUAUUAGCACAUAGUAUGGGUGGACCAAUGACACUUAUAUUCUUACAACGUCAAUCUCAAAAGUGGAAAGAUAAAUAUAUCAAUUGUUUGAUUACUCUUGCAGCUGUUUGGGGUGGCAGUGUUAAAGCUCUUAAAGUCUUUGCAGUUGGAGAUGAUUUAGGUGCAUAUCUUUUACGCCAAAGCAUUCUCAAGGAUCAACAAAUAUCUAGUCCUAGUUUAGGAUGGUUGUUACCAUCACGAUUAUUUUGGAAAGAUACAGAAAUAUUGGUACAAUCAGAACAAAAAAACUACACAUUGCUCACAUUACAAGAUUAUUUGGUAGAUAUAAAUGUUCCAAAUGGUUGGGAAUUUAGGAAAGACAAUGAAAAGUAUCAAUUAAAUUUUACUGCUCCAGGAGUUGAGGUACAUUGUUUGUAUGGAAAUAAUAUAGGUACAGUACAGAGAUUGUAUUACAAGCCUGGUACAUCUAUAGAAGGAUCUCCGCAAUUAAUUUCUGGUGAUGGCGAUGGUACUGUAAAUUUAAGAAGUUUAGAAGGUUGUAAGUAUUGGCAGAAUAAGCAGAAACGGAAAGUUUACUCUCAAGUCUUCUCUGGUGUAAACCAUAUGGAUAUUCUUAAAAAUAGUAAUGUCUUAAACUAUAUUAAAACUAUUUUAAAAGUGUGAUAUUAUUAUUUAUGUAUAAUUGUUAGUAAUUACUAAAACAAAUAUUAAUAUAUUUGAUUUGGCAAUUACACGAAGAAUAGGCAAUUACAUUGAUUUGGCAAUUGCCAAAGAAAAAUAAUAAAUUGUACAGAUAUGUUAAUGAUAUUUCGCGAUAAACACUUACCAUUAAAAAUAAUAUUCUAAUUAUGUGUACAUAUAUACAACAAUUAAUAUAUUUUUCAUUAACUAAAUAUUAAUAUUAAAAAAAUAAUGUUCAUUCGUUUUUCUGCAAUUAGAUAAAGUGUGUGCGAAAACCCGAAAAUAUCAAGAACACGAUGGUCGGAACCCGACCGAAAACCCGAAAAUAUCAAGAAUCGGGUCGGGUCGG